AUGGCGGACCAAAAAGACUGGAAACAUGACGACUUUCCCUGCACUCUCACCCUCAACAUACCCUUCCCCUCCGCGCACCUCGCCCAAACCGCCCAACGCGCCAUCUCUGUUGAUGCCGAACUCUCACCCCUCGUCCGCCGCGCCUUCUCCCUCAGCACGUCGCCCGAAUCCCCUCAAGAAAGCGUCCUCAAGGUAGAAUACGCAGCAACCACGAAUCGCAUGCUACGCGUCGCCGUCAACGGCUUCAUCGAGAGCAUAGGCGUCGUGAUAGGCGUCAUGAAGGAACUAGACACGGAUAUUGUGUAUGAACCUACCAAAGAAGGACUGGAAGGUGUGCAGGGACUAGACGCGGCCAAAGUAGGAUGA